AAUUCAUUUAUCCAUUUAUUGAUUAACAUUUUUUUAUAUUUAUUUCUUCUAUGCGAUAGAAAAUUAUUAGGAAUUACAAUAUGGAUCCUUAUGGUGCUUAUGGAGCUGCUAAAGCAGGGGCCCCCUUUGAUCCAAUUGCAUAUAUUAAAAAUCCUCAAGUCAUAAUUCGACUUAUAUGUUGGGUAUUUGCCGUCAUCGUAAUGGGCUGCAUAGGUUCACAAGGCUGGUACCAAGGCCGCUGUCAAUACAACGGGGAAGCCUCAGCAUGCCGCUUCGGUACCUUUGUAGGUACAAUGGCGAUGCUAGCUUGUCUUGUUUUCCUCUUGGCCGAUGCAAGAUUCGACUCAUUAGUCAGCGUGGUGGAUAGGAAACGGGUCGUAAUUGCUGAUCUAGGAUUUUCCGGAUUGUGGACAUUUAUUUGGCUCAUUUGCUUUUGCCAUCUGUCCAAUCUAUGGCGCAAGACUCCCCAUUCCAUGCUACCCCCUCAAAAAUUUGGGAGGAACAAUGUCCAAGCCGCUAUCACCUUUUCACUAUUUUCGACGUUUUCAUGGGCUUGCUUAACAUUCCUUUCCUACCGGCGAUACAAAAUAGGUGCUUCCCAAGCUUUCGCGCCUCCUUAUAACGCCCAAGAAAGUGGUACGAUAGGAUCCGAGGCCGGUUCAGGGUUGAGCCACCCGCCUUUCAAUCAAAUGGCGUCACCUUUCCCUCCCCCUCCCAUUCAGACCCAAUACCCACCACCUGUAUAUUAAAUCCAUUAGCAACUUUUGCUUUAAUUAUUCAUAUAUAUUGAAAUAUUUUAUUAAAUUUCACAAUAUAAAUCGUAUUCUUUAUCCCAACUUUAUAAUCUACCAAAAAAAUAAUAUUCAUUUUUUCGCUUUUUUUACCUAAAAAAUAUAAAGAUAAUACACUAUACCGUUUUACCUAAAAUAUGUUUUCUAUUCAAUAAUUUUUUGUUUUAUAUUUCCCUUUCCUGCAAAAGUGUAUUAAAUAUUAGAAUUUCUUAAUUUAUAUUAAUAUAUUAAAAUAUUUGAAUAAUUUUUAUAAGUAGUUCUAUUGUGGUGUCCUUAUUAUAUGAUUUGUCAAACCCGUUAAAUAUUCUUUAAGAGAUUAUUAUUUUUUAGACAUCAAAAAUAGAUUACCACUAAUUAUUAUUUAUUACCGUUGUUUGAGUUUAUAUCGAAUCAUAACCCUAAAAAGUUGUAAAUAUAAAAAACAUAAUUUCUUGGAAAAUAGGAGAUGCAAAGCUGUAGUCAUAUCCAAUAAUAACCUGUCAACUUAAAUAUUCUAUAGUUAAUGUCAUUUAUCUUUAUUAUGUUCAUGUCCAUAAGUUCCAAAAAUAAAUUUAUUCUCUUUUUUUGUUCUAAUUUACGCUCUAAAAUUAUUACCUUUUUUAAAAAAAGCAUUCCUUAUAAAUGCGCAAAACUUUACAUUUCCCCAAUAUCAAUAA